UUUGCUCAGUGUCCUACAGACAGAAGCAACACAGCACUUACCACCAGCACACACAAACGCCCUCAGGAUGUGGGUCAUCGCCGUCAUCUCUGCGGCCUGUCUGUUGUUCAGUCCAUGCCUUGGUGAUGUCAAAGACCUUGACUCUCAUUUCACUGACCCUAAACCAGGGGCCAGAGGCUUUGAACCAGAUGGGGCAAUGAAUGUGGACACAAUUCCCUUGGACUUCCACAAAGAAAACACAGUCACCAAUGACCUAGUUUUUGAUGGUUUUGAGGAUGAGGAUUACAUUGAUUUUGAUAAGAUCCUGGCAGCAGGCAGUGAUGACUAUAUUGAAGGGGAUGAGAUAGAUGAUAUUGCCACGCCAGCCCCAGACAUCGACAUCUUUGCUGAACCCUCUGACCCAAAAAUCCGUCGUGCCAGACUCCUUCGGCUGUUUCAUGGUCGUUCUCGCCUUCAACGCCUUAACAUGGUCAAUGCCCAUUUUGGUUUUAAUCUCUAUCGAAGUCUUCGCAACGAUGUGAACCAGAGUGACAACAUUUUGCUAGCACCUGCGGGGAUCUCCAUUGCUAUGGGGAUGAUGUCGUUGGGGGCAGGACCAGGAACUCACGAUCAGAUCUACAAAGCUCUGGGAUUUGCCGAGUUUGUCAAUGCUAGCCACCACUAUGAUAACACAACAGUGCACAAGCUCUUCAGGAAGCUCACACACAGGCUCUUCAGGAGAAACUUUGGUUACACACUACGCUCUGUAAAUGAUGUCUACGUCAAGAAAGAUGUCCCAGUGAAAGACACUUUCCGUGCAGAGACAAAAGCUUAUUACUAUGCAGAGCCCCAGUCUGUGGACUUCAAGGACCCUGCCUUUCUGGACAAAGCCAACCGUCGCAUCCAAAAGCUGACCAAAGGGCUGAUCAUGGAACCACUAAAGAGCGUAGACCCAAAUAUGGUGCUGAUGCUGCUCAACUACCUGUACUUCAAAGGUACAUGGGAACAUAAAUUCUCUAAAGAAAUGACACACUAUCGCAACUUCAGAGUAAAUGAAAAGACAAAUGUGCGCGUGCCAAUGAUGACCAACAAAGGAAACUAUAUGGCUGCUGCUGACCACGAACUUGACUGUGACAUCCUACAGCUGCCCUACACAGGAAACAUCAGCAUGCUUAUUGCUUUGCCAAGGAAGAUCACUGGUAUGAGGAACCUGGAGCAGGAUAUCUCCCCCACUGUGGUUAACAAGUGGCUCAAAAACAUGACAAACAGGACUCGUGAGGUUGUGUUACCUCGGUUUAAACUGGAGCAGAACUACGACUUGAUUGUAAAUUUGAAGGAGAUGGGCCUCACUGACUUGUUCCAGGAGAGUGGAGAUUUCACUGGAAUGACUUCGGAAAAGGUUGCCAUGAACUGGCUGAAGCACCAAGGAACUAUCACGGUGAAUGAAGAGGGGACAGAGGCUGCUGCUCUGACACAAAUGGGAUUCAUGCCCCUGUCCUCUCAGAUCCACUUCACUGUGGAUCAUCCGUUCCUCUUUCUGAUCUAUGAGCACCGCACUGACUGCCUUGUAUUCAUGGGUCGAGUGGUCAAUCCUUCUCAGAGCUAAAUUUUGACAAACAGCUAAAUUAUACAGUAUGCUAUGCUUUAAUGAACCCCAGAAAUGUUUCUAAUUUUUAUAGCUGAGAUGUUGUUUUUAAAUAGUGAAUUACUUCCUUUAGCACAACAUGUAAAAAUAGAGUGGGUCUUGAUGUGAAGUUUGUCACCUACUGAACACUUAAACUUCUUCAUAUUGGUCAAAGUGCUGAGAUUGUUUGAGUGGCUCAAUGAAUUCUUGUUAUCUGUCUGUCAAUGUUUUAUCUUUUGCAGUGAGGGUAGAGGAGUGUGCUCAAAAAAAGAACAUCUCUCUACUGUCAUUGCCCUCAUGACGUUCUGUAGCGUCAUAACUACAGAAACACCCUAGAUAAAAUGUUAUUACUGUCAAGGGAGAUGAUAAAAUAAUAAAUAACAUUACUGUACAAGGUACAAGAAUGUA